AGCAGCCCUCUUUUUUUUUUUUCCUUCAGAUUUACAAUAAGUCGAACACCUUCAAAGCUCUUCUCGUGGUCUCAGAAAGCUUUGUUGGAUUUGGAUAUAUCCGACGUACUACUGUAGCAAUUCAUAUCCUCGAUUCAUCUGCUCUGCCCAUUCUGCCCUCCCCUCCCUCCCUCCCAUAACCAUCUUUAUCUUUCCCAAAGGGAAUCAUCAAAAUCACCACUCCAUAAUUUUUUUUUUUCGGUCAACUGAUUCUUCUUGUAGUCCCAGCUUUGGAGUGGCCGUCAAAAUCCCACCGCCAAUGGAAGCAGGCGGCAAUGCUCCGGCCGACACCAACCCAACCGCCAGAACCAGUGCCAGGGUGGGAGUUCAGAUCCAGCAAAGCAGGAGACUACCCGAUUUCUUGCAAAGCGUUAAUCUGAAGUACGUUAAAUUGGGCUACCACUACUUGAUCUCUCACUUGUUGACACUUUGUCUGGUUCCCGUGAUGAUUAUCAUAUUAAUUGAAGCUUCCCAAAUGAACCCAGAUGAUAUUCGCCAAUUAUGGCUUCAUUUGCAGUAUAAUCUGGUUUUUGUAAUCACUUGUUCGGCCAUUUUGGUUUUCGGGUCAACGGUUUAUAUAAUGACCCGGCCAAGGCCGGUUUACUUGGUCGAUUAUUUUUGUUAUCGAGCUCCCGAUGAGCUUAAAGCUCCAUUUGAGAGUUUUAUGGAGCAUUCCAGGCUUACUGGGGAUUUUGAUGAAUCAUCCCUCCAGUUUCAGAGGAAGAUCUUGGAGCGUUCUGGGCUGGGGGAUGAGACUUAUGUCCCUGAAGCUAUGCAUUUCGUUCCUCCCCGCCCGUCUAUGCAGGCUGCCAGGGAGGAAGCUGAGCAAGUGAUGUUUGGGGCAUUGGAUAAUUUGUUUGCCAAUACUAAUGUUAAGGCCAAGGACAUAGGAAUUCUUGUUGUCAACUGCAGCUUGUUUAAUCCCACGCCUUCGCUUUCGGCUAUGAUUGUGAAUAAGUACAAGUUGAGGGGUAAUAUUAGGAGCUUUAAUUUGGGUGGGAUGGGGUGCAGUGCUGGAGUUAUCGCGGUUGACCUUGCUAAGGAUUUGCUGCAAGUGCAUAGGAAUACGUAUGCUGUGGUAGUAAGUACAGAGAAUAUUACGCAGAAUUGGUAUUUUGGUAAUAAGAAGGCUAUGUUGAUACCUAACUGUUUGUUCCGGGUUGGGGGUGCCGCGGUAUUGUUGUCUAACAAGUCUGUAGAUAGGAGGAGGGCCAAGUAUAGGCUCGUCCAUGUUGUGAGGACUCAUCGGGGUUCGGAUGAUAAGGCCUUCCGUUGUGUUUAUCAGGAGCAGGAUGAUGCUGGGAAGACGGGGGUUACUUUGUCCAAAGAUCUCAUGGCUAUUGCUGGCGGGGCUCUUAAGACCAAUAUUACCACUUUGGGUCCUCUCGUGCUGCCAAUCAGCGAGCAGCUUCUGUUUUUCGCCACUUUGGUGCUUAAGAAGUUGUUCCAGAAGAAUAUCAAGCCUUACAUCCCUGAUUUCAAGCUGGCAUUUGAUCAUUUCUGCAUACAUGCUGGGGGAAGGGCUGUGAUUGAUGAGCUGGAGAAGAAUCUGCAGUUGCUACCAGAACACGUGGAGGCAUCCAGAAUGACUCUCCACAGGUUUGGGAACACUUCAUCGAGCUCCAUUUGGUAUGAGCUCGCAUACACCGAGGCCAAGGGAAGAAUACGCAGGGGCCAACGAAUUUGGCAGAUUGCAUUUGGGAGUGGGUUCAAGUGUAACAGUGCGGUGUGGCAGGCACUCAGGCAUGUAAAGCCGGCUCCAAAUGGUCCCUGGGAGGAUUGCAUCGACAGGUACCCCGUCAAAGUUGUUCAAUAGCAGCGGAAGAAAUCAGUAGAUCUUAGCAAAUUCAGAGUACUGCCAUGCCAACCAGAGACAGUUGUUGGUCUUUAAUUUUUGUUCGUUUUGUUCCUCGUGUGAUUUCUUGGUCUGAGCGCUGAAUAUGAUAGGGCAGUUUCUGGCCUGCGUCCGCUUUUAUUUUUGGUUGAAUCAAUCAAUAGUAGUAGUACCGUUGACACCUGAAUUGCUUUGCUAGUCGGGUUGUACUAUAAUUUACUGCUAGUUCUUUUUAUUAUUAUUAUUAUUAUUAUUUAAAUCC